GUAAGUUCCUCUUUUUCAUGCAUGUGGAAACUUCAGAUCUGCUCUGUCAGUAUUUAGGUUAAUAAAAUCAUUUGAGAAGCUGGGGCUGAAACGUACAGACGGCUAUUGCUAAAAUACAAUCCACUGCACAAGAAAGAUGCUGGCUGUGUUAGUAUUGCUCAUGAUAGGGCUGAUUCCUGGCAACCUUGCCUGUCCCGAUGGGACAAAAUGUCAAGACAAAAAUACUUGCUGCCCAACUAGGACAGGAUAUGGAUGCUGCAAAUAUCCAUCUGGUCAGUGCUGCCGUGAUGGCCUCCACUGCUGCCCGCUAGGUUUUCGCUGUGACAUAACAUCUACUCGCUGUUUAAGAGGAGAACUGAGUCUUACUGCAUCUCCACAUAUUGCUGCCAUUCAGAGCAACAGCAUUCAGAAACUAGCUGGCAUUAUACACUGCAGUGACCGAUUCUAUUGCCCAGCUGGAAACAGCUGCUGCAAGACGCCAACUGGUCAGUUGGCAUGCUGUCCAUAUCCUCUGGGUCAGUGCUGCAAGGAUGGAAAGCAUUGCUGUGAAUAUGGUUAUAACUGCAAUCCUACAUUUACUAAGUGCAUAAGCCACUACGCAAGCGUUCCUGCUCUUCUCACAAAAAAAGCCUUGGUCCUCUGAAUUUUUUUUGCUUGAUCAACAAACAUUUUUUUAAGCUUUUUUGCCUGACUUGUUAUUAGUAAUUAUGCCACAGUAAGCAGCAACAGUUAUAUAUUAUUCUUUCUCUUUCUUUUAAAAGGAACCAAAAAUGAAAUACAAUAAUAAAUUGCUGAAAGCAUGUGCGAAUCAAUAAAAUCUCAUUAAUUUUGCAUCAAAA